GGCUUUUCCCUGAGGAUGUUUCUCCUUGCAGGCAGUUCCAAGGCUGCAUCUUUGCACUGGACAGGGGAGCGAGCAGUCAGUGUGAUGCUGCUGGGGCUGCUCCCUGCAGCCUACCUGUACCCCGGACCGGCCGUGGACUAUUCCCUGGCUGCAGCCCUCACCCUGCACGGCCACUGGGGUCUGGGCCAGGUAAUUACUGAUUAUGUGCAUGGAGACGUCCCCAUUAAAGUGGCCAACACGGGGCUGUACGUCCUGUCUGCCCUGACCUUUGCUGGCCUCUGCUACUUCAACUACCAGGACGUGGGCAUCUGCAAGGCCGUGGCCAUGCUCUGGAGCCUGUGAGGAGCCCCAGCCCCGACACACACGAUUGUCCUCUGCUGCCUCUGCUUCAUCAGCUUGUGAGCAACGUCCUGCACAGCCAAGGAGCAGCCAAGGGUCCCCAGUGAGCCUGCAGGGGGCUCACAGCUAGGUUAGAACAUAUAGAGAAAAACCAGAUUUAAAAGCAGAUUUCACUGGAAAACGUCCAGUGAGAGUGGAUUUGAUCUGUGCUGUAAAUUGGGCUGAAUUAAUUACAUCAGUGGCAGACUUGUGUAGUUAAAGGGAACCCUCCUUGUAAAACCAGCUUUAAUGAGUGUUUUUCUGACUGUUGGUUGGUUUGCUAUUCUGUAAAACAAGCUUGGCUUGUGGAAAACUGAACUGCUUCUGACAUCAGUGUGUAAGGCAGACCCUGUAACUCUUUGGACCUGGGGAGUUGAUGUAGAGAAGGGAAUACUUUUUUUCUUAAUCCAUGCAAUAAAGAAUUUACAGAAAUUC